AUGGAGCUCGAGGCCAUGAGCAGGUAUACCAGCCCAGUGAACCCGGCUGUCUACCCACACCUAACUGUGGUACUUCCGGUCAUCCGCAUGUUCUUUAUCGCCUGGUUCUUUGUUUACGAGGUCACCUCCAUCAAGUGCACAUGUGACAUCUACAAAGAGCUCCUCAUCUCCUUGGUGGCCUCAUUCUUCAUGGGCUUUGGAGUCUUGUUCCUCCUGCUCUGGGUCAACAUCUAUGUAUGA